UCCUUCCAAAUCUGCCGGGGGCGCGCUGAGCUAACAGCUAAUCAGCUAACGGAACAGGGAGAAAGGAAGCCAAGGCGAUUCACAACACAUAGUAAACCAGUGUAAUCUGCACCCGUGCAGAAAAUUUAAAUUGAUCUAAUCUGAUCACACACGGCAAAGCAACUCUAAUCCCAGAUGAACAUGUUCAGUGUCCUAUAAUAAUAAUAAUAAUCAAAACGCUACUAUACACUUCAAGGCGGCGGUGCAUUCUCUCUUCACUCUCAGCAAAAUGGAAACAGAAGCCGAGGUAAUCCCUAUUUGGCAAAAUAAACCACAUGGGUCAACUCGUAGUGUGGUCAGACGAAUCGGCUCAACGCUGCCUCUUAAACCCUGUCCCAGGGCUUGUUUCCAGGAGCUCCCAGGCCUUCCGCCAAUGCGCUCUAUUGACGGUCCUUUGGUGCCUACAUUGGCAGAUAUUGCCUGGAUUGCUGACGAUGAGGAGGAGACAUAUGCCAGAGUCAGGAGCGACUCACGUCCCCUGAGGCACGAGUGGAGGCCAACGCCGCUGCUGGUUAUGCACAGGAACUCAUCUGUGCCAAACUUCAGACGAGAAGGCAGGCGUGUCGAGGGUCUGAGGAAACCAGGUGUAACCGCUUUAAACCGCACCACAGCUCUACAAGAUGAGCUGAGUCGACUCCGAGCCCAAAUCGCCAAAAUUGUCGCUGCAGAAUCAGAUUCGAAUCCCAUAACCCCUGACCUGCUGUCCCCUGAUGACACUAGUGUCGGUUUUUCCAUGGCUCAUUUUGAGACCGCUGCUUACCAGCCGCCCCCUACGGCCUCCUUUGUCAUCAGUGAUGUCACGGAGGAGGAAGAAGAAGAGGAAGAGGAGGAAGAGGAGGAGGAGGAGGUGUCGGAGCUAGUGCCUGAUCCUAUGCCACCAGUUUCCAUGACUGCAUCUGCAACUUUUGAUCUCGAUCGCCCUACUAUGGACUUCCGGGAGCCAGAGGAGGACACUGUCUCUCUUUCCAAAUCAACAAGCUUUGCUGAUGUCAUGGACAUCCUGAAAGACAUGAACCGUAUGAAGAUGAGCAAGGACAGAUAUAACCGUGGGUGCACCUCACUGAGGGAGGAAGAUUCUGCUUCUCUUAUAUCUGAAGCAUUGAGGAAGAAAUUCAUUCUGAAGGAUGAUGACAUCAGUAUGAGAAAAUAAUCAAUCAUCCAAACCUUCUCAGCAGACUCUCCAUUAGGCCCAUGACUGUGGACCGUUGCCAUGGAAAACCCCAUAAAUCCUCUGAAUAAACUCAAUGGAGAUCUUCUACGUUCCUCAGUGCUUCCACAACGCUGCGCUGUUGUGACACGACUGCAAGGAAAAGCAGCAGUUCUCAUCAGCACACACACAAACACACUCCAACUUGCACAGAGCGGCCAAGUUUAUAAUGUCUGUGUGUGUGCGCACAUAAGGGUCCAUAAGCAUAGCCUUGAUCAUCGUGAUCACUGAGCCUUCGUUGUUCCAUCAUAGAUUUUGUGAAAUCCAAGCACUACUUUCAGUUUCACCAUCACCAUUUUUGUUAACUUCGAUAGGACAGUAAUAUCUUCAGAUCCAUCAACAAGCGUGCAAUCACACUAUGCUAUUCAAGCCAUGAAACCACAGAAGAGUCCCUAAGGAGCCCAGUUCCAGUUUAUCGUCUCGUAGAUGUAUAGUUUGGAGCUGUAGAAGUGUUUCUCUUGCCUUACACGUUCCCUCAUACCAACCCUGUAAUACUUGAAGCCGUUUUGAUGCGUGAUCUGAUGUUACAAUACUGACAUGCGUUUUCCUCUGUUUAGAGACUAAACAAAAAGACGUUCUUCUAUUUAAAGGGUUUUUGUGUGUGUGUGCAUGUGCACUGAAGACUUUGGAUUGCAUUCACUUGUAAUUAGCGCUGUGAUGUUCCCUUAUACCCUACUUUUGAAGUGUAUAUUGUACAAGAAGACCGAUAUGGUUCAGCAAAUAGUGUAACGUAAGUUUGAAUUCAUACUGCGUGUGGUUUACAUGGAAAAAGGACUGUUUUUGGUUUUUGCUUGUGUCAGGCAGGUUGUAAAUGUUUCUGUAAAAUCUGAAUAGCAUGUGUGAUGUGGUGUUGGGUGUGACUGUAAGCCAGUUUUGAGGAUGCCUCCUGUUUUAUAUGAUAAUGAAGGAUGCUUUUUUUCCUUUUGCAAAGCGUAACAAGAAGCUAUUUUAAUGCAUACGCUGCUUUUGUGCCACGAUUGCUCACUAAAGUGGGAAACAAACCCAAAAUGUGUUUUUUAUUUGUUUCACAUUUUUGUUUAGACAUGCCUGCAGCCUGUUUCCAUCUGUCUGACACAUUGCAUUAGAAGAAAUGUUUGGUGUUUUUAAUCUAAAACAUUUCUUCUCAAACUCAAUACUCCAGUGCAGUGUAGGGGUCGACCGAUUAUUGGCCUGGCCGAUUAUCUGCACCGAUAUUAAAUAUAAAAAUUGUCAUUAAUAAACCCGUAAGACCAUCAUUCAUCUUCAGAACACAAAUUAAUGUAUUUUUAAUUAAAUCCGAGAGCUCUCAGACCCUCCAUAAACAGCAAGGGGUCCAAUCCCGGUCAAGGCACAGAGGUUAAAAUAGUCCAAGUGACAUAAGUGGUUCAACUGUAGUUUUAUGAAGCUACAAGAUUACUAUUUGUGUGCAAGGAAAGCAAAAAUGACAGUCUGCAACGAUUAUCGCACAAAAAGUAUUCUUGAGGCUUAAUAAAAUUAUGGUUGAACCACUUUAACGACGUAAUGAGUUUUUAUUUUUGGGUGAACUUUCCCUUUAAGCAUUUUUAUAGUUAUCGGUAUCAGUUAUUUUCAAACCGAUAAAAAAUGUAAAAGCAUUUUAAAAAAGUUUUCAUCAGAGCUGUUGUUUUUAAUCUUGACAUUAAUUUUAAUUUGUACACCAUAUAUCGGUUCUAAAUAUCGGUUAUCGGUCUACUUGAUCUGCAAUAAGCGUUAUCGGCAUCAGCCCUGAAAACACGUUGGUCGACCCCUAGUGCUUUUAGUAUCACUUAUAGUUAAUUUCACACCACCAUUAAAAGCUAUGACUACCUAAAAACUAGUUUUGCUAGUUUACAGUACAAAUGUUUAUAUCAGAGUUAUAUUCAUAAACGAGUCUGUUACCAUCAAUGCUAAUGAGUGAAUAGAGCUGUAAUAUGAACUGUAAUAUAUUAUGCACUGAACAUACUAACAUAUGUUCCUGUACCUGUUAGUAACAGGUAAAAUGUGUGUGUGCUGCUCUUUCAUUCUGACUGCUGGGUUUCAUUUAUAGUUUAAACCACAGUAAACUGCAAGUUUGCUUUGAUUCAGAUCAGUCUUGCAGUGCCACGGUUUCUUUUAGGAGACAGAAACUUGUGUACUUGUGUGUUUGCUUUUGUCAAAUAAGGAAAUUCUAUUGACUGUUGUUUAUGGGUUAGACAGGAAAUAAAUGGUUUAAAAGUAU